AUGAUCAAAAAAAUACUUCUAAUAACUAUCAUUGCUUGUUUUAUACCUCUUACUUUUUCAUCUUAAUCGUAAUAUGCAAUCCCUUCUAACAAACCAUAUCGUAUUAUAUUAGAUGAUAAAUUUAAUGCAAGCUUAUUUGUAGGUUCUUUAGGUGAAGUAGAUGUAUCUUUCAAUAUGUUCUCUAGAUAUAUUUAUUUGACAUCUCCUUAAUGCAGUAAUUGUAUUAUUUAUUCAUAAAAUGACUAAAAGGCCUUCACUUGCAAUAAAAACGAAAAUUGCGCUAUGACUUUAGAAAAUGUUUCUGAAGAUGUAUCAGGUUUUAAGGCUACUGGUGACUACAUAAACCUUCCUAUAAUUCUAAAUGGAACUCCUUUUACUUUUAACGAUGUAUUUUAUGUAAAGCAAAUAAGUGAAUUGAAAAAAUCAUAAAACUAUGUUUAUCAAGGAAUCGGAUUAUAAUUAGACGAGGAAAGCACCUCUUCUUUUAUUCAUGAAUUAAAAGAGUAAGGAAUAAUAGAAGAUGUAUCUUAUUCCUUAUAUUAUGAAUAUAUUGAAGGGUAUAAAGGAAACUAUUUACUCACUAUUGGAAGCUAUGAUGUUAGAUUACUAUCAAGACAAUUUUACAAUUUGAUGACACUUCCAACACUUCCAACAUAGAAAAAAGAGUAUGAUAGAAUAAAAGCUACAGCAUCUUUUUCAGGUCAAGAGAUUUAAAUUUUUGGCUCUUAUGUGAUUUUGGAUCCUACAGUAGAAAAUUUUGUACUUUCAUACUCUUAUUUUAAUGAAAUGAAAAAUAUUAUGGAAAAAUAUACUAUGUUACCAGAUCUUUCACCCUUUACUUAAAAAAAUCCAGGACUAUGGUAAAAAUUCGAUAAAUACUUAAAUUUCUAAAUAAGUUUCUCAUUGGAUGAUCCAGAUCAAAUUUCAACAACUUUAGAUGUUGAGUUUAGUGCUAAAGAAUUUACUAUUAAAAAUGAAAGAGGCUAAUAUACACUUGAUGUAACAUUUGUUGAUGCAGACGAUAGCUUUAUUAGAGUUGGUAAAAAAAUAUUCAAAAAAAUGAUGUAUUACAAGCGCGUUUCACAAACUGAUAAAAAGGUAUUCAGAAGUUUAGCCCCUUUAAAAGAAAGCAAAUAAUUAUUGAGAUAAGAAAAAUAUUGA